CAAAAUCUUCAGAGCCCACCAAGGCCGAGACUCUCUCUCUCCUCAAAGCCUCUCCGCGCCUCUCCCAAUCUUUCUCUCCUCCAAUUUUGUAGAAUAUUUAUCCCAAUUUUAAUUUCCGUUUCGCUUAUAUCUAGGGUUAGGGUUUUUCUGAUUUUGAAAUGGAUCAGCGCGAAUCGGCAAUGGACUCGUCGGCGCAAGCGCAGAGAGAACUGGAUCGGGUCAAGGGUCCGUGGAGCCCCGACGAGGACGAGAAGUUACGGCAGCUCGUACAGCACCACGGCGCUCGCAACUGGUCCUUGAUAAGCAAGUCGGUGCCGGGCCGAUCCGGCAAGUCGUGCCGCCUGCGAUGGUGCAACCAGCUCUCGCCGGAGGUGGAGCACCGGGCCUUCACCCCCGAGGAGGACGAGAUUAUUGCCGGGGCCCACGCCAAGUACGGCAACAAGUGGGCCACCAUCGCCAGGCUUCUCAACGGCCGUACGGACAAUGCGAUCAAGAACCACUGGAACUCGACGCUGAAGCGGAAGUUCUCGGCAAUCUCGGGAAACGACGAUGGAGCCACGAUCGACGACAAUCACGUUCGGCCGGAGAAGAAAACGGCUACGGCAGCGGUGUCGUUUUCUGGCCUCUGUUACAGCCCUGGGAGCCCGUCCGGAUCCGAUGUCAGCGACUCGGGCGCGCCCGCCAUCUCCUCGUCUCACUUGUUCCGGCCCGUGGCGAGAACCGGCGGAGUGUUGACUCGCGAGUCGCCUCCGAGUCAGAAUGACAGCAAGAACGAAGCGCACGAACCGUCGACACUGCUGACUCUGUCUUUACCAGGAAUCGACGAUACGGCGUCGCACGAGUUGCCCAUCCUUGAAUCGGCCGCUCGCCGAGUAGAUGGAACGGCGUCGUUGCAGCCUGAGACUGGUAAUACGAUGUCAUUCGAGCCGGAGUUUUUGUCUGUGAUGCAGGAGAUGAUAAGAAAUGAAGUGAGAAGUUAUAUGGAGGGGAUGUGCUUACACAGUGAGGGUGUGAGAAAUGCUGGGGUUAAGCGCAUUGCCAUCAGCAAGCUUGAUUAAGAGUUCAAAAUGAAAAAUUAAUCAGGAUUAGGGAGUUAAGAAAUCAGAAUUAGAGAGUGGAGUUGAGAAGAGAAGCCACACAGGCGCAAAAACCCAAAAAAACUGUCGUUUUUUCUUUUUUAGGAGAAAAAAUAAAUUUUUUGAGAAUGUACAGAAGGUGAAAGACCACAGUUUAGAAAUUUGAAUUUUCUUUCUUUUUUUGGGUUGGACUCAAA